UGCUGGCAGUCGGCACUGACAUUGACUUGGUGCUCGCCUCGCGGCUCGGUUCAUUGUACGAUCGACAGUUUCGGUGGAAAUAACUUAUGCCUUGACUGGCUUAGAGUGGUCCUACUUUGCACAGGACACGAUUGACGACGUUUACUCAAAGUAUCUUUAUUCAUUCAUAAAUUGAGACGAAACGUAAUCACUUCAAUCUAUAGAUCUAAGCAAGCAACUAGUGAAUGAGUGACGUCAUCAAAGUAACGGUGUUCUCGUUUAUGAAGUAGUUCGUAUGCUUUCUACUUGGGUAACUUAAAAGGCUAAGUCGAUUCCAGUCUUCCAGAAAGAUGAGUCAAGUGAACUUGGUUUGUUGUGAAAUGAGUGAGCGCGUCUGAGAUGCACUAAAAGAAAUUCACUUGGGCGAUAGCACUCAGGUAAAAACGAUAGGCUCAGGUAAAAUCCGAAGUGUCCAUUAAGUGUUGCAAAUAUUCUACUCAAUUAUCGCGUUUCCUUAGAAGGGGAAGUACCUCUAUACCUACUAAUUGAUGAAAUAGUAAUUUUGUGGUGAUCGUUAUCUGUGCCGUGGUCAAGUCUAGAAUUUAACUCGAACGACAGUGAACUGGGUCAGUGGAAUAUUUGUGACCGAAACCUGUGACUCGGACGUGUUCAAUCUCAAUAAAUACAGCUGGCGAAGGUGUUUUAUGCAAUGGAGAAGCAGCGAAAGCGACAACAGAACCAAAACCACACAAAUCUCGACGUAACCAAAGCACCUCACAAAAAGUCAAUAUUAGUCGCUUAUAUUUUAUGGCUUUUCGGUGGUAUAUUUGGCCUCCAUCAUUUGUACUUGAGGCGUGACAGACAUGCAUUUAUUUGGUGGUGCACCUUAGGAGGAUACUUUGGUAUCGGUUGGAUAUCAGAAGUCUUAAGAAUACCCAGUUUAGUACGUGACGCAAACGAUGAUCCCAAGUUUAUUGAAAGAUUUGUUGGGAAACUCCGCAAGCAUCGCAAACCACCAUUUUCAACCAGCCGAUUUAUUGGAGCUGUUAUGGUCGGUUACCUAUGGGGGCAGCUGAUUCAACUGGCAAUUCCAACAGUACCGUUUUUGGGUAUCGACUGGAAUUUUCUUCAUUGGCUAAUACCAUUGUUUGCCGCACUUGGUGUCUGGACUGUUGGUAAUGUAGGGCGAGAGAAAGGUGUAUUUUGGCAUUGUUUAGUGGCAGCUUACAUUGCUUAUCCACUGCGAUAUUUUCUCUACGAUGAAACUUAUUGGUUCACAGCAACUGUAUUUGCGAGUGCUUUAGCGUUCGAUCAUUGGUCAAAGGAAUGGCGCCGAGAACCUUUGAAACGCCACGGAGCCCUUCGUCGAACUCUCUAUUUGUCAAUGGCUGCUUCUCUAUAUCUAUCUUUGUGGGGAUGUUACUUUGUUUUCAAUGGCACAAUAACGGAUAAUGAUGGAGAUGAAGUGCCAGUUCAUGAAGCUAUCAAAAAUUUACUAAUGUCCCCAUGGUGGACCGACUUGAAGCAAUCCCUGUACGACACUUGGCAAUAUGCUCAACACAAUGGAUGGUAUGAAACGUGGAAACAAAUUAUAGAUACUAUGGAUAUCGAUGGGGAACAGAACGCGUAUAAGGUACUUGGCAUAAGUGCGACAGCAUCUCAAACAGAGAUAACAUCUGCAUGGCGCAAGCUAUCAAAGGAAAACCAUCCUGACAAGGUGAAAGAUGAAUCGAAGCGUCGUGAGGCGCAGGAGAAGUUUAUGGAGAUUCAACAAGCCUAUGAAGUUUUAAGCAAAAUUAAAUUGAAACGACGACAACGAAAUAAGAAAUUUAACGACGACUUAUAGGGAAUUUUAAUGUGCUUAAUUUUCCCUGAAUUUAAUUUUUAAUUUUUUAAGUUAAGCUGAAUUAUCCAGGGUUGUAUAUAAAGUAUGCAAAGGAAGGUGACUUAUGUGAUCUACACAAGUCGAUAACUGAUCAAAAUAAAAAAACAAUUAAUCUGUUCAGGA